UUAAGUUUCUUUCGCACUCACAAAACAUCUCACUCUCUUUCUUCUCUCACUUUCACAGUUCUUGCUCUUCUUAGAGAAGAGAGAGGAGAAAUGGCGAGAAUGUGUUUGAUGAUGAUGAUGGUUGCUAUGAUGACCAUGAAUAUGGUUUCAAGUGAACCAAUUGCACCAUGUUACUUCAUAUUUGGUGACUCUUUGGUUGAUAAUGGCAACAACAAUCAGCUUCAGUCGUUAGCUAGAGCUAAUUAUUUCCCUUAUGGUAUUGAUUUUGCUUUCGGUCCAACCGGUCGGUUUAGCAACGGCAAAACCACUGUCGAUGUCAUCGCUGAGCUUUUGGGUUUCGACGACUACAUUACACCGUACGCCGCCGCAAGAGGACAAGACAUUCUCCGAGGAGUUAACUAUGCUUCUGCUGCUGCCGGAAUCCGUGAAGAAACCGGUCGACAAUUGGGAGGUAGAAUAGCAUUUGCAGGGCAAGUAGCUAAUCACGUGAACACAGUGUCACAAGUAGUGAACAUACUUGGUGAUCAGAACGAAGCCUCGAACUACCUCAGCAAAUGUAUUUACUCUAUCGGAUUAGGCAGUAACGAUUAUCUCAACAACUACUUUAUGCCCACCUUUUACUCUACCGGUAACCAGUUCUCUCCUGAAUCCUACGCAGACGAUCUCGUUGCCCGUUACACUGAGCAACUCAGGGUAUUGUAUACCAAUGGAGCGAGGAAGUUUGCGUUGAUAGGAGUCGGGGCAAUUGGUUGCAGCCCUAACGAGCUAGCUCAGAACAGCAGAGAUGGAAGAACGUGUGACGAAAGAAUCAACUCAGCAAACAGAAUCUUCAACAACAAACUCAUAUCUAUGGUCGACGCUUUUAACCAGAACACACCAGAUGCGAAAUUCACUUACAUCAACGCCUAUGGCAUCUUCCAAGACAUUGUUGCAAACCCUGCUCGCUACGGGUUUAGCGUGACAAAUGCAGGAUGUUGUGGAGUUGGGAGGAACAAUGGACAAAUAACUUGUCUCCCAGGUCAAGCUCCAUGUCUAAACAGGAAUGAGUAUGUGUUUUGGGACGCGUUUCAUCCCGGUGAAGCUGCGAAUAUUGUUAUCGGAAGACGAUCUUUUAGGCGAGAAGCUGCUUCUGAUGCUCAUCCUUAUGAUAUUGAGCAGCUAGCAACUCUCUAAAGAGAGAGUGAAAGACUUGUUCUUUUUGCUUGUGUAAGCGUUUUGAUAGUUUGGACUCAAGAAAUGUCAAAUUUGGUUUGUAUUGUGUGUGAUGCCAAAACUGUUUAUGUAAUGAUUUUGAGAAACUGUUUAUCUUUUAUUCUUUUUCUUUUUCUUAACUCUGUUAUAAAUUUGAUUCUUUCA